CUAUCUUUCUUUUCUCCAGACUAUGUCCUUUCAUUGUUAUCCACUCCGAGAUCUCUCUGACCUCUCUUUAUUCUGAUCCUCCCCAUCCCCGUCUCUCGUAUGGCUGCCCGAUGACGAUCGACACAUCUUCUUGGCGUUUUCUCCGGCUUCUCCGCGCCUCUUAUUUGUUUCUCUCCCAGCCUCUUUCUUCUUCCUCUUGUUCUUUGCCUUCUGGUGGUCCAACUCGAUAGCUGCUCGGCCUCUCCUGGCUUGGGUCUCUGAGCGCAAUUGUUUGCGCAGUCCAUUCCACUUCAGGACUUCGCCUCCACAUCCCAUGCCGAAGAUUGACGCUGCGGGGGAGGGGGAGGCUGUUUCAGGGCUGCCUCGAGCCCCCGUCGAGGCCCGCUCGCUAUCUUCAAUCACUGCCAUCGCCUCGAAUCCUCCCGCUUAUCCCCGCAAUCCGGCGCAGAAGAAGUUGGACCCCCUAGUCCUGUACAUCGUGCGUGUACCUGGCAGUAGAGAUGUCUUCCUCACUCCCUUGAAACCCCCAACGAAAUCGAGCGUAUCGGCGGAGGCAAUCAAUGCCUCCCUCUAUUACCUGCACGUCGCAACCCCCGAAGAUGAAGCUCUUCUCCAGGAAUACGAACAAGAGCGCGAAGAGGAGGCCCGGAAGCGCAAGGAAGCUCUCGGAGAUGAUGCGGACACCCCUCUUGCAGGCCAACCACAUCUGGCGCGAUUGAACAACGUCCGGCGCAAGCCUGUACCGGGCGGCGCGAAUGCGGCUGCCUCGCCCAAGGCAGAAGCCAAUAUCGCAUUUCCGCUUCCAGCCCAUCCGCGCCCAACUUCAUGGCAACCGCAGGAGCCUCAGUCCCCGCCACCGGUGCUGGAUACCUUACAGCGUCCGUAUCUCCCUUAUCGUCCUAGCUUCCAAGGCACCGUGCCCAGUGAAACCUCGCCCGUUACCCCUCCGCCACAUCUGCCACUGGAUGAUCGCGACAGCGUUCUGCAGCUCGCUACGGGAGACCUUACAAAUCUGGAAAAUGCGCGUCCGCAUAAGCAGCUACCUGCAGCCCCGCUGGAAGAUCCUGCAGGUAGUGACGCUGUCUCGAUGAAGAGACCCAACCGGUGGAGCGCGGCGCUGUCGGGGUACAUCUCCCGCGGUCAGGAAAGCUGGAAGGAGAAAUACGAGGCAUUGUCGUCCAGUCGCAAUAGCUUAGACACUAGGCGGCCUCGAAUUCGGCCUGAAAUCCGGCCGCACUCGGCUCAUGGGAGCCCCGCGCGCUCUUAUCGAGGAUCGCCUGCGCGUAGCCCAGGCCAGUCUCCAAGCCGGAGACCGCAGGAGCGUCAACCCCGCGAUGCCCCCGGAUUUCAUAUCACUCUCAUUCGCCGCGAUCCCACCCAUGGCAGUCAGUGGAAUGUCGCGACGAUUUCCACUCCCCGCUUGGACGGUAGCGCCUUUGAUAUCGAGAUCUCUACCCCAGGUUACAAUCGAUUUCUGGCGCAGGAUGAGCCUUUCUCCCUUGCUAGUCUGGGGUUGAAUCUUCCCAAUACCGACGGACGCCCACCGUCACUGGCAUCAUUCAAGCUUCCGGCUUCUAUUCCGCCUGGCUUCCUAGACUCCACUCCAAGUCCCAAGCCGACUUCCACCCCGAACAACCCUUCCCAACCUCGACGCUUCCGCCGCAAGCUCUGCGUCUCACGGCCAUAUAUCCAAGACGAGCCUCGAGGGGGCUCCUUGGACAUGAACCGCGCGGCGCUCGACCAUGGAGGCAGCGGUAGUCCGCCUAAGCCACUUCCGCCGGGCAUGUCCAAACUUAAGAGCGGCUACUACACAUUCACGUCGCCCUGGAACGGCAUCUGUACCUUCUCCACCAGCGUCAACGGCCGCAGCUUGAAAUGCAAACAUAUGAUACCCACGCCGGGCGGCCCUCAUCACUCUCACAGCAGAAGCAACGACAGCAGCCAUCAUCACCCUUUCCCCUCCGCUGCCUCGACUGCGGCGCCGCCCCCCGAGACCCCCGCCGUAACCGUGGCUGAGAUCCGCUUCAACACGCCCUUCCAAGCCGGUCACCUCCACCAACCCCCCGGCCCAUCCCACGUCUCCCCCUUCGCCCUCAGCCAAACCACUCCCUUCCGGGACCUCUCCAAUCCCCAACAAUUCACCACCCCUCCCGGCGAAUCCAGCCACCCCACUAACACCGCCAUCUCCUCCCCGCAAACACCAACCUCCGCCGCCUCGACAACGUCCAAACGCAACUCCCUCGCCCAAUUCCUCAACCCAAACACCUACACCCGUCCCCGCGCCCGCUCUGGUGCCAGCACCUCGAGCCUUGGAGGUGGUGGUGGCGGUAGCCCGCACAGACAUCAACACCAUACCCGCCACCCAUCCAACAGCAGCACCAGCAGCGGCGGCGGCGAUUUCGACGAUCCUCACCACCACCAUCACCACCACCAUCACGCCAAGCAAAAAGAAGAGAAAGCCUUCCUCCUGCGCCGCCGCGCCAGCGAAGACGAACGCCUCGACUUUUCCCUGGCCCGCGAGCGCGCCGGCGGCGGCAUGCGCGGCAAAUCCGCUAAGCUCGGCAAGCUGAUCAUCGAGGACGAAGGCAUCAAGAUGUUGGAUCUGGUGGUCGCCGCUUGUAUGGCGGUCUGGUGGCGCGGGUAUUACUACUGAAGCUUGAGCUAAUUCCGUUCAGUGGGACAUAUCUAAUGAAUUGGAUGCUCUUUUUGAGGAUCAUUUCAUAUACUUUUGACUCUUAUUUGGCCCUUGUCUAUAUAGCUCUGGCUUUCAGGGAAGGCGCGGGAGGUUUCUGGUUUGACUUUGUCUUAUCUUCUUGCUACCUACUGUUUUGGAAGGAGAAUUAUCAUAUUCUCUAGUAGUGUG